AUGGAUGUGUUAUCAAGGGCUGUGAUGUGUUUCUGCUUGAUGGGCUGGAUGACUUUAGGAUGGAGUAAUGCUGCUCAGUACACAUCAGUUACCAUGAAGAGCAACAUAGACAAACUGAAAGUCCACUAUAAGAUCUCCAAGGACCAGCUGUUCAACGGGAACCCUGUUUUCCCCAAGGACACGUUUGAGGACAGUGAGCGGAGGGUGCUGAUGAGUGUGGUUCUGGACGUGUAUCUGAGUAUCUUCAGUCAGAUGCUGAACCAGACGGGGGACCAGGAAGUGAGGGACAGUCUGAAUUAUGUCAAGGGGAAAAUUCUGCAUCUCCAAAAACAAUAUUUCCUGGGGAGGAUACCUGAGCUGAGGACACAACUGCAGAACCUGUGGGCCGUCAAGACCAGUGACACCACAGUCCAGGGGAAGGCUCUGUCCGAGUUGGUUACCAUCUACGAGAAAGCCUCCAAACUGGCCCUUAAGAUCCAUCUGAAGAAGGACAACCGCAGGAAGAGACGGCAAGCCCAGAGGCUCAAAUCAAGCAUCAUGUAG